AUGCCAACCAAAGUCUUCCUUACCGGAGUUACCGGUUACAUCGGUGGAACAGUGUUCAAUUCACUUUAUGAGAAACAUCCAGAGUUCGAGUACGCUGUGCUUGUGCGUUCACCUGAGGCAGCCAAGAAGAUCACUGCUCAAUACUCCAACACAAGAGCCGUCGUUGGUGAUUUGGAUUGUCCCGACAUCACUGAAGAAACUAAAAAAGCGGAUAUCGUCAUCAACGCUGCCAAUAAUGAUCAUGUUGCCUCUGCUCGUGCAAUCACUGCCGCACUUUCCGACUCUGCCUAUCUGAUUCACACCUCGGGCACCUCUAUCAUUCUUGACUGGAAAGAGCACGGCUUCGGUACCCAUCUUGGAACCAAGGUUUACAGCGACGUAACUGGCGUCUCUGAAGUUACUUCUCUCCCCGAUGACGCGUGGCACAGAGAUGUCGAUAAAGUUGUUCUCGAAUCCGGCAAAAAAAUUGCAAUCAUUUGCCCGUGCUGUAUUUAUGGUCUCGGAACUGGGCCGGGAAAGAAGGUCAGCUGGCAGAUACCCCAGCUUGCUAGGUGGACUAUCGAGCGCGGAAAAGGAUUCAAGGUCAAUAAGGGAGAAACCUAUUGGAACCAUGUUCAUGUCCUUGAUCUUGCGGAUCUUUACGUCUUGCUCGUUGAGGAGGCUUUGAAGCCGAAUGGGGGAAGAGUUACCUGGGGACCCGAGAACUAUUACUUUGCUGAGAAUGGUGAACAUAUCUGGGGAGAGGUUUCCCAGGCAAUUGCCAAUAUCUGCAAAGAGAAGGGGUUGAUCCAGGACAACACUGUCGAAUCAUUGACUCCAGAAGAAGUCAAGACAUUUGCCCCCACUGGUCAUUUGGAGUGGGGUAGCAACUCCCGAGGAAAGGCUGAGAGGGCCAGGCAGUUGGGUUGGGGAGCCAAACAAAAAGGGUUGUUUGAUAGUCUGGACCAGGAAGUAGAGAUGGCAGCUAAAGCUCUUGGAAAACUAUAA